GAAACAUGGCGGCGGCUGCUACCAGACUUAUAUCAAGGUUAACAUUGGUGACUGGGGGAGGCAGUGGGAUUGGACGGGCCGUGUGCCAGCGUUUCGCCUCUGAGGGCGCCUCCGUGGUGGUCGCUGACAUCAGUGAGGAGUCGGCCAAUGAGACGCUGGGGAGUCUGCAGGGUGACCUCAGAGGGCAGGGUCACAUGGCAGGUGUGGUGGACGUCUCGUCAAAAGAGAGUAUAACGAAGCUGGUCACAAGUAUACAGACCCGUUACUUCCAGCCUCCCUCAGUGUGUGUGAACGCAGCAGGCAUCACCCGGGACGACUUCCUGCUCAACAUGACGGAAGAAGAGUUUGACAAAGUCAUCCAGGUCAACCUGAAGGGUUCAUUCUUGGUCACGCAGGCCGUCGCUCAGGCUCUGGUGGCCUGCGGAGCACCCAAAGGAUCCAUCGUUACCGUGGGCAGCAUCGUGGGAAAGGUGGGAAACGUGGGACAGGCGAAUUAUGCCGCCUCUAAAGCUGGAGUGGAGGGUUUAACCAGAACCGCUGCCAAAGAGCUCAGCAGGUUCGGGAUCCGGUGCAACUGUGUUCUGCCGGGAUUCAUAUCGACUCCCAUGACGGAUAAAGUGCCAGAGAAGGUUAUUACCAAGAUGAAAUCCUUGGUGCCUAUGGGAAGAAUGGGCGAGCCUGCAGAGGUCGCUGACGUCUGUGCCUUUCUAGCCUCAGAUGACUCUCGAUACAUCACAGGCGCCAGCGUCGAAGUGACAGGUGGACUUUUCAUUGGCUAAAUCAAAUGGCCGUCACGCUGAUGAAGACCAAUGAGAGGCGAGUUUCUAAAGGGGUUCUGCUGUUAGUGGCUCUUUGAUCAUGAACUGUACAGUGUAAAGACACUUUCUGUGCCAAUAAAUACCUCUGUUUGUAAUGUUUCUCUA